AGAUUACUUAAGAUAUGUAAUACAUUUUGCAGAGGAGAUUUUAGUCACAAAAAAACCUGAGUGCAAUGCUGUCAUCAAGGCAAAGUGAGGUUACUUUGAAUAAUCUAAAAUAUAACUGUUCUGAACUGUUUUGUAUGGGAAGCGUGAGGACGCCUUAAAGGGGAAUUUAGUUUUGUCACGGCAUCACUGCAACACCAAACUGGAACGAGUGCAUUUAAUUCCAUUGGUAGAAUUGGGAAGUUUUCAACUUCCUGUUUAAAAGUCCGGGGUGUCUGUGCUGCCUUUACACAGCGGAGCAUGCUCUGCCACUUCUCAGAAUGGUGCCAGGUCUCGCAGGUUGUGCAGUCAGUUGACUACAUUUUUUUUUACACCAUUUCAGCAGCUCAAAAGAUUUGAGGCUGAUCCAAAAUCAAAAAGCCAGGUCUUGGUGACAUCCCUGGAGGAGAGGGGUGUGGCUCAUUCAUUGCAGUGCUAUAUCAUCACAAAAAAUCAUUCGCUGUCUGCCAGUCUGAUCAGGACACAGGAUUAUAAUCUGCAAAGGCUUCAGUCUGCUGAAUGGUCUGCGUUCAUCUCAAAAUGGCUGUUGGUAUUGUUUUAGCUGUUCUGCUGUAUGUUAUUUCAGUAGUUUCUUCAACACACCCAAAGGAGCAAACCGUGGUUGGAAUCAUCGGACAGCCCGUCCUUCUGCCCUGUGACCGUUCCACAUUGGCAACUCCCAACUACCCAACAAGAACCAAAAUAUAUUGGCAAGAUUUAACCCCCAGAGUGCUGCAUGUUUUCAAAGAUGGAAACGAGGAGUAUGUGCACCAAAACCUUUGGUACAAAAACAGGACAACAAUUAACACGGAUCAGUUGGCUUCUGGAAAUCUGUCACUCCUGCUCAACCCAGUUAAUGUCCGAGACAAUCUCCUGACCUGCGACGUUAUUCUAAUAAUCAAUGACGUAAAUUCUCAAGAGUGCCAAAUCACUGUCAAUGUAGCAGCAAGUUACCAAAAGCCCACAUUAAACUUCACAGACAUGACGCUUGUGUGUACCACCCACGGAGGCUUCCCUGAACACCAGGUGACAUGGAGGACCCAUAACCGUACUCUGGAGCGUCACGAGGCUGUCACCAAGACUACCCAGGAUCCUGGAACAGGAACCUACAACAUCAGCAGCCGAGUGAACGUGACAGAGGGACAGAAUAUAACCUGCAGUAUCUACAACCCCAUCCUCAAUGAGACCCAGAGUAACUUUAUCGUCAUACCAGCCUCCAAAGAGGAAAACCAUUUACCGAAAUGGAUCCUGGCGGCAUUUUGUCCAUUGGGCGUGUUGUUGAUUGCCGUCAUUCUCUGUGUAAAAUACCCCAACCUCAGCAAGCCAUGGAGGAAGAUGAUCCAUCGCUGUUCUGAACCUGAACCUGAAACCAAUGCUCAAGAAGCAGAAAUUGCAGAAUUGAAUCCACAACAGUAGAAAUCAAGUCCCAAGCUUCUCCAGUGGUGAGGAAGACGAGUUACUGCAUUGUUGGUCCAUACGGCUGGACAACAUGAGGACAUUGGUACUGCCAAAAUACUGAGAGCCAUACUGCUACCAGUAAUCUUUGCAUGGAAGCUGAUAUGUGAUGCUAGUGAUCUAUGUCCAAUAUCCAGUGUUUAGGUCCAGGUGUUCAUACACAAUCAUUGACUUAACGUAAGGGGAGAUCAAAUUGAGACUCUAAGAUAUAUGAAACACUUGAAGAAAAGAACCCGGACACAGAUACAACUGUAGACACAAACGGUGUUGUUGAACAGUGAACCUGUCACUGAACCUGCAUGUGUUUGCGUUAUAAUGAAAGUAGUAUUGUUUGUGUCCCAACAUAUCACAGACACACAGACCAUGAAGAAAGAAACAAUCAAACCUCAUUCAAACUUAGACAGGUAUGGAUAGAGAUCACAGGUGGUUGGUGGCACCGUAAUUGGGGAGGACGGCCUCGUGGUAAUGGCCGGAGUGAAAUCAUUGGAAUGGUAUCAAACAUGGUUUGAUGUCAUUCCAUUCGCUCCGUUCCAGACAUUAUUAUGACAUCAUUAUGAGCCGUCCUCCCCUCAACAGCCUCCACUGAUAGAGAUUCAGGUUCUUUCUGUAUCUAACUUGCAGGUCUGCCGUUCAUCGCGGUAGUGAAUGUCAUGUCUCACUGUAUUUUUAUGGCUGAGUGAAUGUCAUGUCUCACUGUAUUUUAUGGCUGAGUGAAUGUCAUGUCUCACUGUAUUUUUAUGGCUGAGUGAAUGUCAUGUCUCACUGUAUUUUUAUGGCUGAGUGAAUGUCAUGUCUCACUGUAUUUUUAUGGCUGAGUGAAUGUCAUGUCUCACUGUAUUUUUAUGGCUGAGUGAAUGUCAUGUCUCACUGUAUUUUAUGGCUGAGUGAAUGUCAUGUCUCACUGUAUUUUUAUGGCUGA